GUAACAUAUCUCCUACCAUAUCUAUGUGAAUCUCUGGUUGAAGCUUCUCUUGAUCUCUGGCUCUCUUCUUCUCGCUUUCUGAGCUUCCAGUGCAGGCAUUAGGUUAGGUUCACAGUAAGGAAUCUAUGGCUGGAAAAAUUUGGCAUUGAGCGAAACAUAUGUUGGGGUUUAUGCCAUGAUUUGAAAAAAAUACUCAGCGUCUUGUGUAAGGAGGCAUUGCUGCUGUUUGCGCAAGUUUAAGAUUACAGGAUGUUCCUUUAAAAGUAGGUUCGCCCUCUGUGAAAUGUGAUGCUGAGAGGCAGACCUUCUCUCAUCAGCAUAAGGCAAGUGAAUGUAAGAUCAGUCUGCAAACACAGGCACAUUGCUGAAUCUUCUGUGGACUCUACAGGACAAGAAAGGAAAAACCUUUGGAUGAAAACACCAUAUGUCUCCCUGUGCUUGGAAAAGGAAGUCAGACGCCAGCAUAUUCUGCAUAUACAUUCAUCCCUUUCAAGAAAAUUAUGUUCAAGAUUAUUAUAAUAACUACAAAGUGUUCUGAAAACUGACACAUUGUGUGAGAAGCCUUAAUAAGAAGGAUAGUGUUUACUUUAAAGAAAGGUGCGAGUCAAUUCAUUAACUGCUGACUGCUUAAAAUGGACCGUAUGGAACUGCAGAAAGUCAACACAGAUCCUGAUGAUGAAAGCAACAGUGGAGAGAGCACUGAAGAUGGAUAUUGCAAAGAUAUGGAUGUCGAGAAAAUCACUUUGAGCAGUCAAUAUGUUGAUGAAGAUGCUGAAAGUCAAAAGUUUCUAACUAAUAGCAUCAGUGGAAAAAAGAAAUUAGAUGACUACACAGAAGAACUUCAUCCUGGAACCACUUCGGUUGGAAUGUCAGCGUUCAACCUAAGCAACGCCAUUAUGGGCAGCGGAAUUCUUGGCCUUUCCUAUGCCAUGGCUAAUACAGGCAUCAUAUUGUUUGUGAUUCUUCUGCUUGCAGUCGCCAUUUUAUCACUUUAUUCUGUCCAUCUUUUAUUAAAGACGGCAAAAGAAGGAGGUUCACUAAUUUAUGAAAAAUUGGGUGAAAAAGCAUUUGGAUGGCCUGGAAAAAUGACUGCUUUCAUAUGCAUUAUUAUGCAGAACAUUGGAGCAAUGUCAAGUUAUUUGUUUAUUGUCAAAUAUGAACUUCCAGAGGUUAUAAAAACGUUCAUGCAUCUGGAAGAGAAUACUGGGGAAUGGUACCUCAAUGGAAACUAUCUGGUGAUAUUUGUGUCUGUUAUAAUUAUUCUUCCAUUGUCCCUUCUGAAGAAUUUAGGUUACCUUGGGUACACAAGUGGAUUUUCUUUGUCUUGCAUGGUCUUUUUUGUCAGUGUGGUCAUCUAUAAAAAGACUCAGAUACCCUGUCCAUUACCUUUUUUGGAUCAACACGCUGUAAAUUCAACAAACAGCACUUAUCAUCUGCACCCAGUUAUGAUGCAAAACUACACAAUUGAUACUGGUGUGAAUUUUAUGAUGGAUUACACUCAGGAAGGCGCAGGUCUAACUGAGCACAAGGAUACCAACCAUGGAAGUGGAGUAGAGUUUGAGGCUCACCCUGAAGAUAAAUGCCAGCCCAAAUAUUUUGUGUUCAAUUCACAGACAGCGUAUGCUAUUCCUAUACUGGCCUUUGCUUUUGUGUGCCAUCCAGAGGUCUUACCAAUCUACAGCGAGCUUAAAAGCCGUUCCAGAAGAAAAAUGCAGACUGUUUCUAAUGUGUCAAUAGCUGGAAUGCUGACAAUGUAUCUUCUUGCUGCGCUAUUUGGUUACCUUACAUUUUAUGGAGAAGUUCAAGAUGAAUUGCUUCAAACAUAUACAAAAGUGUAUACAUUUGACACCCUUCUUCUCUGUGUUCGCUUGGCUGUACUUGUGGCUGUAACCUUGACGGUGCCAAUUGUAUUAUUUCCUAUCCGUUCUUCAGUCACUAAUCUGCUAUUUCAUGGAAGACCAUUCAGUUUACUACGGCAUUUUCUGAUAGCAUUUGUUCUCCUGGCCUUAAACAACACUUUGGUUAUAUUUGUGCCCACCAUUAAGGACAUCUUUGGAUUCAUAGGUGCUUCGGCAGCCACCAUGUUGAUCUUCAUUCUUCCUGCAUCAUUUUAUUUACGAAUAGUGAAAAAAGAACCUUUUCGGUCACCACAAAAAAUUGGAGCUCUUAUUUUCCUUGUGGUCGGUUUCAUAUUCAUGAUCGGGAGCAUGUCGCUCAUUAUAUUUGACUGGAUCCACAACCCAUCCGCUUCCUCCAAACACCACUAACCCUUGUGAUGCUAAAGGAAUGCUCUAUGUGUGCCUUUAGCUGGAAGCCAGUGUGGAUGACUGGAAGACAAGAUACUAGAUCAAUCCAAAGACUGUUGCUGGUACCAACAUGUGGAAUAGGAAAACACUUUUUAUACUAGGGUUUGUUAUUUAUGCAUUAACAUAUGCAAGUGUUUAUAUUAUAAGCAAUCUUAACAUCUAGUAGGUAUUCUCUGCACAAGAAGAAAUGCUUCUAGGUUAUAGAUGCUGUUGUUUCUGGUCACUGGUGGACUGGCUGCCAUGACUAUAUUAACAAUGUGUUUUUAGAAGAGACUGACUUUGGAAAAAUUUACUAAUACAAUAGACUUUUGUACAGUUUACUCAUUGAUUGUAGAACCUUUAGUUUUAGAUGUGUAGUCCUAUCAAAGUACAUAAUCGGGCAUAUAAAAGUUUUCUUUUUAUAUUGUUCUUUCAAUAGAUUUAACCUAAAAGGAGGAGUAUCAAACUUUGACAGGCCCUGUUUCCUCAAGAGCCACUCCUUUUACUCUGUAUUGUCUUAGUUUUUUAUAAUGAGCCAUCUAAAAGAAACGGUGUAACUGAUUUAUAAGGGUUAUUUCUAGGUUAUAUUUAUAUUCUUCAGGCACACAUGACACAAAAUACUCCAUAUAGCUUAACUAAGAAUGACCACAGUAGAAUUAGUCAUGCCUUACUAAUGCAGAAUACAUCCAGAUACAAUUAUUUUAGUAAUGUGAAUGUCCACCUUUUAACACCAUGUCAUUCUAGGUCCAGCUGAUUCAUUUUAUAGCAAAACUUUAAAGCAUUUAAAGUUUUACUUAUUAGUUAAAGAGAUCCAAAUACCCUGCAUAUACAUAUACUUAAAUAACUAAAAAUCUAGAUGCUUGACUGCAUAUUAUUUUAUUAUAGAGCAUAACAUAUGAAUGGUAGUCUGUCACCUCCUAGGCUCCUCCCAGUGGUUGGUACAGGCAGACAGAUUUUAUUUUCAGUCUCUGCACCUAUGAAGGCAAUGGGGGUUAUUUAUCAAUGUGCUCUUGUGCUUUUUUUUUUGUUCUACAUUUUUUGCAUUGUGGUUUUUUUUGCGCUAUGGUGUUUUUUUUUUUCUUAGUUCUAAAAUCCAUCAAUUUUAACUUUUGGUGUUGCUAGACCAUUUUUUGAAGUGACGGAUGCAGUGGUCAUGAAUUUAUGAACUGUGUGUUUUUGAUUUUUGCGCAAAUUUUGCUACAAUUGACUCCCAUCUGUUUGAGAGAGAGAGAGAGAAUAAGGUAGAGAAUAAGAACGUUUAAAGUCAUAAAGAGUUAAAAAUUUAAAAAAACGUGCAGGAAAAGUAAAGCAGUUGUCCACAUGAAACAAUCAGAUAUAUAUUUUUAAGGUACAAGAACGGGAUUGGUAAAGAUGUAAGAAACAAUAAGAUUGUUGGCAAUGGCCAGCAUCUCACAAUUUCAUGUGCCCAAGUUUAACAAAAUAUCCAACAAAGUGAUGAUAACAAAAUAAAAAAAAAGGUGAAAAAAAUACCUGUUCAACUAAAACCUCCGUCUCUCGAUCACUAAAGUUUUUUUUUUUUUCAUGGCCUGUGCCAAGGCAAACCAACACUCAGAUGUGAGGGAGAAUUUCUUUGCAGAGCUUCUUUUAGACAUUAAUUUGCCUUAAAACUAAAACUAAAACAAAUAAAGCCAAACACACAGACAAACAAGCUCCUCAGAAGCAGGGUAGACAUGAUCUGAAAGCGCGGUAGAAAAUGAUCUGGGAGUGGAUGUGUGGAUCUGCGCAAAAUUUAUCCUGGCCACCACGACAAUAUGAUAAAACGUAUCGAGACAAACCACAAAAAUGAUCAAGCCAAGUCCUUUAUUGAUAAAUAACCCCCAAUGUGUUCUGUACCAGAAAAAUGUAGCAUACACAACAUGUUAAGAAACUAAUGUGGAAAAAACAGUGAAUUAUGAACCUAUUUAUAUUAAAUAUGAAAAUAAAAAUUUGUGUUUAAAGGGGUACUCCGGCCCUAAGACAUCUUAUCCAUCAGCUGUCAUGCCCCCUCCCAUAGGCUUGCAUUGAGGGGGCAGAGUCGUGACAUCACGAUACUCCGGCCUUGGAUCGUGAUUCAUUAGACCUGGAGCGGGUGCUGCAUGAAAUAUUGCGGGGGUCCCCAGCGGCUGGACCCCCGCUAUGGCAUAUUAACCCGUAUGCUUUAGAUAGGGGAUAAGAUGUCUUAGGACUGGAGUACCUCUUUAAGGAUGGAGAUUACACCUUUUGAGAGGUACAUGCUUUUGAUUUUAUUUAUAUUUUCUAAGAGAUUAUUACAGACAGAAGAUUUUAUUUACAUUAGGAUAUUGGUAGGAUGCUAUAUAUAGCCCCACACCAAUAAAGCCAAACUGGGUACCAGAAAUAGCCUGCUGUAUUUGCCAAAAGAGUUAAAGGGGUUAUCCAGGAAUAGAAAAACAAAGCUAAUGUCUUUCAAAAGCAGCUCCAGGUCUGUUCCCAGGUUGUGUGUGGUAUUACAACUUGGCCUCAUUCACUUCAAUGGAACUGAGCUGCAGAACCACAUCCAACCUGGAGACAGACAGGGAACGUUUUUUGGGAAAAAAAAUUGUUCUGUUUUUCUAUUCCUGGAUAACCCCUUUAAUAUUUUACUUCAAAGCCAUAUUCACACUACAUUUAGGCUCUUCCAGGUGAAAAAAAAGAGGCAACAUUCUUUUUAUAAAGCAUGCUACUCACUGCAUUUAGUGAAGAUACCAGCAACAAGGUCUGCCAAUACAAACUGCUGCAUACUGGCACAAGGUCCAUUUGCAUUAAUGGAAGGAAUGCAGCCUACUAUUGACUAUUCUAUUGCAGCCUACUCUUAACUAUAUACCAGCAACACAGAGCCCAAACAUAGUGAGAACUCAACCUAAUGCAUUAGUUUCCUAGGCAAAUUUGUCUCAGACUUUGCUCUGGGUCUGUCUAACGGUUUUAAGUCUUACAUAUAGGGUCAGGAAUACAUGUAUAUAUAUAUGAACAGUAACUUAUCUAUUUUUUUUUAACCUCCAAAGCAUACAAAAAGUUAUAUUAAUCUUAUUAUAUUUUACAUUAACCAACUUGUAAUGUUCUCUUGAGACAGCAUUCGACACUUUAGACAAUGCUAUAAAAGCGGCUACAUUAGCAAAUUUUUUAGGGUACCUGAAAAAUGGAUUAAGGUAAAACAUGUUUCUUCUUGUUUACCAAAGUCCAUUGAAAUAUUAUAGAUAUACAUGGUACCAUUGAUUUCCUUUUGUUAAAUCCUAAAAAUCCCAAGCAGAGUUCUUAUUCGGUUUAUUAAACAGUUCUAUGGUAUUUGGUGCUGUGUGUUUAGUUGGUAAUUCCUUAUCUCUGAACAAUGUCCAUUCACUGUACUACCAUGUCUUCCAGAAUGACUGAAUGAAAAGUAUGAAGAACACUUAGGAUGUGAUCGUUAGGAGAUGAUUUAUUGUAAACAUUCAGUUUUUCUCACGCACCAUAUUUAUCAUAAGUUUAUGUCAUUUCUGGUAGCUUGAAAUCUUUUUGUGUAAUGGACACUGGUUGCACAACAUCCUUAGAACAUGAAUUCUACAGUCAACUAAAAGUAGUUUUGCAGUUUUUACAUUGAUGAUACUUAUAGAAAAGUAGUACAAUAUUUGCUAAGAGUAAUCUAUAAAGAAUUGUCUAAGACAACACUGAUGGAAAAACUCAAAAAUAUAAAAUUGUAUAAAUAUUAUACUUUUAGAUAUUUUUAACAUAAAUUGUAAGAUAAUAUGCUGGAAGAUAUGCUUUUCUUUUGGUAAAUUUGAUGACAGCCUAAGAGCCUAUGACAAAAGAAUAUUUUCAUGUGGAUCUGUCAUCACCCUCAGUAACCUGCUGGUAUAGGCUUGUAGUGCAGGUGACGCUGAUUACAAUGGUCUUGAUCAGUUUUUAAUGCGUGUCUCUAUUCCUUCGCUGUGCCAGAAUAUUUAAAUACACAAAUGAGGUGGCUUGGUUCACUCAAGACAAUCCCUAGGUCACUGCACCACAGCGUCUGGACCGAAUUUUCUCUGUUAAUGCCCUCUUCAUGCAUAUGUUCCUCCCCGGUGAGAUCUCUCUGGUGAGCAGGUGAGCGGUGCUGCCUUAGAGCCACGGCCAUCUUUGUGCUGCAUGCGCGAUUGUCACUGCUCAGAAGGGAGAUCUUACAGGAGAGGAACAUCAUAAAGAUGGCGUUAACAUGGAAGAUUUGGGUUGGAUGUCUCCAUGCACUUAGGGCACCUAAGAGCAGAGCGGAGGAAUGGAGGUAGAAAUUAAAGACCAUUAUAAUCAGUGUCACCCGCACUAUAAGCUUGUAUGGUUAGUGCUGGUGAUAAAAAUAGUUGUGUUUAUUUCAAUAGUCCUGUAUGGUUUCAUAUAAAGAAUAUUACUUUCAGCAAGCACUGCCCCUUUUCUCUAUUCCUGGUUAUGCUAUUUUUGACUGGGGGUCUUUCUAGUCUACACUGUAACUAUUUUAGUUGACAAUCACUGCCACCAAAAUCAUAUAUAUUUCUUUUAGCAUGGCAGAAGAAGUGUAAGAUAUAAUCUGGAACAAGUAAUCUCACAAAAGUGUGAAUACUCUAUGAUUCAGAUGAAUCUGUCAGAGAAAAAUAACUGGUGUGAUUUGCCCAUAGUAUCCAAUCACAGUGCAGCUUUUAUUUUACUAGAGCUUGCCAUAAUAUGAACACUGCGAUGUGAUUGGUUACUAUGGGAAAACCAGAUUGGUAAAUUUGGGCCCAUGUGCUUUUACUUUUUCAGCCUGUUUUAAAUUAUUGUGGAAAUAGUUUAAAUUAAUCGUCUAAGCAAACAAAUAGAUUACAUAUGCAAAAUAUUGGCAAGCAUAUCCUAGGUGUCUUCUUUGUUACAGACUAAAAACAAAUCCUAUGUAUAGUCUGAUACAACAAUCAGGUAUUGUUCUAUUGAAUCUGCCUCUACUUUUUGCUAAGUAUUAGACUUUUCAUAGAAACUAUGAAGCCACAUAGGUUUUCCUAGAACAGUGUUUGCCAAACAGAGUGCCUCCAGCUGUUGCAAACUACAACUUCCAGCAUGCCUGGAUUGGCUUUGGCUGCCUGGGCAUGCAGAGAGUUUAAGUUUUGCCACAGCGGUAGGCACCCUGGUUGGGUAGCACUGCUCUAAAAGCUGCUAGACUCAAACCUUCAUGGCGUUCUCUGGGGCCAAAAACACUGCAGCAAGUUGUUAAUGUGGAGUCAAUAGGGAAAGCUAAAAACAUCAUACCUACAUUUUUUUGUUAGCCAUUUUUUUACCUUUUUAGUGGCGUUUUUUUUUUUUGUUUUUUUU